AUGGAGUCUUGGUUGAAGGUAUCGUGUCUGCUUUGUCUUUUUGGAUUCCUUCGGGAAAUACGACCCUCGGAGCCGUAUCAUGCGGAGAUCCUGAUGGGCGAGUGGUAUCACGUUACCCAGGAUGAGGUAAAUCGCUCCGUGUACCCCGUGGGUACCUACUCCUACCUUGCGCUCCUCAUAUUCGUCUUUCUGAUAACCGAUUUGCUAAGAUACAAGCCUGUGAUUAUUGCCAAUGCCCUGACUGGGGUCUUUAUUUGGGGCACACUGAUCUGGACCACCACUUUGCCAGGAUUACAAGCAGUGGAAGUUUUAUAUGGCUUCUAUCAAGCGGCAGAGGUGGCCUACUACUCGUACAUCUAUGCCCAGGUGGACAAGCAAUACUACCCCAGGGUCACCUCACACACCAGAGCGGCCAUGUUCGUGGGAAAACUGGUGGCCGGAAUCUUGUCGCAAUUGAUAAUUGGCUUGGAUUGGAUGAACUACAAGGAACUAUUCUACAUCACCGUCAGCUCACAGGUCGUGGCGUUGGUGUGGGCUUUCUUCCUGCCCAAGGUGGACAAAAGCGUGUACUUCCACAAUCGAUCCGAAGCUAAUAAAGAUGAGAUUAAACCCGAUUCUGGUGGCCUUGAGAAGGCUUCUGAGCAGGCUAACGCAGAGGUCACGGAAGCUAAGGUGACACCCAUUCCGAAUAAGAGUGUCCAAGCAUUGCAGCUCCUCUGGUCACAUUUCCAAAACGCCUACACAAAUCCCUUGGUGGUGCAGUGGAGUCUGUGGUAUGCCAUGAGUUUGGCGGGCUUUCUCCAAAUCUCCACCUACAUGCAGGUGGUUUGGAAAUCUUUUGAAAACGAGCCAACAAUUCUUUGGAACGGGGCUGUAGACGCUGCUCUGACCCUUUUGAGUGCUGUCUUUGCCCUUCUAGCUGGAUAUUUCCAUGCCGGUCGUCUGAGCACCAGUACCAGCAUGCUCUCAAUGGCUCUGCUGACCAUCCUGGAAGGAGGAUGUGUUCUUUUGGCCUGCUGGACCUCCAACAUAUACCUAUCCUACUUGGGCUAUGUCCUUUAUGGUGCCUUGUUUGCCUUUACCAUAACAGUGGCCAGUUCUGAAUUGGCCAGCAGUUUGCUGGAGGACAGCUUCGCCUUGGUUUUCGGAUUCAACACCUUUGUGGGACUCAUCCUGCAGGUCAUCAUGACGUUUGUGGUUGUUUCGGAAAAUGCCAAUUUGAAUCUGGAUAUUUUUCAACAGUUUACUGUUUACAGCUUUUAUUUUAUAGUGAUUGGAGUAAUUUAUUUUGUUGUUUUUCUACUGAAAUAUUUAUGGUCAUGCUUCGAAAGAUCGAAAUCAAUUGAUUAGGAAAU